UCAAUGUAGUAAUUUACUCACUUGUACAGGUACCCAUUGUUUGGUAGAAAUCUUUAAAAAUGUUAAACUAUUUUGUUUAUAAAAGUGUAAUUUCAACAACAAUCUUAUGUCUGUUACGGCCUACGUAUUCUCAGACAAUAGACGGAUGCCCUAUGUACGGCUGCCGUCCGAGUGGAACGUUUUCGUUCGUGUUGGAUGCCCCACGCGUUAACGCGACAAUAGGCUGGGUCAAUGACUUUUUCCUUGGACCCAUACCGGAAGCACUAGGUUGUGUUGGGAACACAUUUACGCUUGUAUGUCAGUCUAACGGCCCUGGACCAGGUGACACCGGACUGUUAGCGCUCAACUUAGACACCGGAAGUGUAAGAUGGCGCGAUAUGGUUCUACGUUUCCCAACGUUACCCGUUUUGGACGAACAAGGGAACCUCUGGGGUACUGAUGGGUCCAGUCUGAUGCAUUACGAUGUUGCGGGUAAACCGAUGUCUCAGAUCGAGCUGGAGCCUCGUAUUAGACCACUUUUCGGACUACAGUAUGUUGACCCAGAUCUACUUUUAUUUGUAUCUGAAACUGGCCAGAUUUCCACACGAACUUCCGACGGAACUCCGAUGGCAGAAUUAUACUUAAAGGGGACAGUAGAAAGGGCUAACGGUACCUUUAUCCCUACGGCUCCUGCUGUAGUCAAUGGUAACCGGUUCUAUGUCCUCACAGAAUUUGCUCCAGACGACAAUGAGCAGGUAGCAAAUUUGGGCCUACAGCGUCUCUAUGCUAUUGACGCCUUCGAAAGAAUGGCUGACAGGCUUGUAAUCGCGUGGUAUGCAAAUUUUGAAAAGGAAACUGCCGCAGUCGUACAGCAAAGCUUAAAAUUCAAACCGAAGUCUUUUCAAAAAAGGCUUAUUCAUAAAAUCAAACGCGAGACACAGAGAAAGCCAUCUCUGCUUUGGGACAGCUUUCAUAGGACUGUUUUCGUUUCACUUCCGCCUCCAGUGCUGAGUACCAGAGAAGGACAAAAUGGAAUUGAAUCGCUCAUUGGUAUCAAAGACCUCGGGAAUAACAGCGCUCUUGUGUUCAAAGUAGAGAGAAGUGCGUCAAACAUGGUCCUGUAUGAAAGAAACUCUGGUUCCAUGAAACCGCCGGCCAAUGCUGGUGCCCAGCUUUGGAUUUCGCUUCCAGACAGUAAGCUCUUAGCUAUCGAACCGGAUGGAAAUAUUUCUAAAGCGAUCGAUGUGAGCAAGAUUCUGAAAACAAAUUUUACAAUCACUUCAAAAAUAUCGUCUGCUCGCUCUCGUGAAAUUGACGAAGACUUCCUAAUCUUCGGUAUCAAAGUAACAACACCCACAGAAGAAUUCCAAAAGUUAGUGGAAUCUUACGGCAUCGAUACAUCAGAAGCCACGCCCACUUGUUAUGUCGUGGGCGUUGAUACGCCAGAAAAUACCAAUGUACCCAAUUCUAUGGUUUGGAUAGUUCCGACUCCGGAUGACAUUGAAGUAAACGGUCAAAUUAUUGGAAUUAAGGGCGACAACACUGGAAGGAAAGACCAGAUCAUUGCGUUUGCACAAAUGGAGGAAAGAUAUGGGAAAAUCUUUUCUAUUGUGUAGCUUUCACUAUAAAACAGAAAGUGUUUGUUUGCUACUUUGCCUGAAAUACGAAACUCUACGGCAGGUCAAUAGUUUUCGAAGUUGCCUUGUAAAUAUUUUCAAUAUGAGGUCAAACGGAUUUUCAAUAUGAGGUCAAACAAAACAUUUGAACUUUAUGUAUUUUAUGAUCCAAAAUGUCUGUGAGCAAGAGUUUUAGACGACACAUCCUUUCCUGGUGCACAAAUAAAAUUAUAUAGAUUUAG